GAAGAGAAAACAUGUUAGCAAGGAGGAAAAAGAAGAAAAGGAGGAAGUGAAUGGUGUCAAUUCGGAAUUGAAUGGAGUCAAUUCGGAAGUGACGAACUAUCAAAAAGGUCACGAUUUCGAAAAUUUACUUCGUAAAAUCUUUAAUGACGCUGGGUUUAUAGUACAUAAGAUUCAGGUUACCGAAG